AUGGGGCUCGCGCGCACCUUGCUGCUGGUCGCCCUCACCGUCUCCAUUUUCACUUUUGUCGCCUUCUUCGGCCGACUGCCCGCCCUCAGAAACACGCCCAUAGGCUUCCUCAACCGCCUCCUCGCCGUGCACAUCCCGUCCUUCGUCCGCCGCGCUGAUGUCAAGCUCACCAAUGGCCGCAUCACCGGCGGCAGCGCGCGCCUCGGCCACCACCUCAUGCACGACAAGCACCCCGUUGUCGUGGUCUUCUUCCUCGGCCUCGUCACAGCGUGCGCCGCCCUGCUGCUACCGACGCUAUGGGACAAGCUGCACGUGCAGCAAAGGCUUCUCGUCUUCGCCCUCCUGCCGCAGCCCUAUCUCUGGCUGUACCUCAGCGCCAAGCAGAACAGCUCGACACACAUCAGCCCCCGCAACCACGCCGCCCAGAUGCUGCACUAUCCCUACGACCGCGUCCUCUACCACCCCGGAAACACGUGCGCGACCUGCCACUUCCUCAAGCCCGCACGGAGCAAGCACUGCAGCAUAUGCAAGACGUGCGUCUCGCGCAUGGAUCACCACUGCAUAUGGGUGAACAAUUGCCUUGGGCGGGGCAACUACAAGUACUUUCUCUUCCUGCUGCUCUCCACCGGCGUGCUCAUUGCAUACGGCGCAUACCUGGCCUGGUUCUCUCUGAGUCCGCUGGUGGCGCGGCGGUACACAAAGUACGAGGGCUGGUACGUGUACAAACCCGCCCCCGGCUCUGACCCCAGGAGCUUGGCGAACUACUGGGGAGCCAAGAGCCACUACUUUGCCAUCUACCUGAGUCUGUAUCUGGAUCUCGGCGGCCUCAGCGCAGCGGGCGUUGGGCUCCUCGCCCUCCUCACGUGGCCACUGCCGCUGGGGCUGCUGGCCUACCACCUCUACCUGAUCUGGGCGGGCAUGACGACCAACGAGAGCGGCAAGUGGGCGGACUGGCGCGACGACAUGGCCACCGGCGUCGUCUUCCUCGGCAAGCGGCGCGAGUCCACCAUGGCCGGCCCCGGCCCCAGACCCCCCCGAGAGGACACCGACGCGCGCCGCGAAGAACCGCACACCACCUGGCCGCUGGAAAGCCGGCACAUUCUCGUCCGCACGCGCGACGGCCAGGCCCCAACGUCGCUUCCCCCGCGCAUCCAGCGCGUCGCCGAGCCCGGCUCGUUCGAGCGCGUCUGGAGCCUCGCUGCCGUCGAGAAUGUGUACGACCUUGGCUUUUGGGACAAUCUCAUCGAGGCGCUGUGGUGUUGA